AUGUCAAGGGUAGAAAACUCACGUCGCCUACCACUCAUUAACGACGUGAAUUGUCGAACGAGAAAAACAAGCGCGAAGCCAGUCAUCGCUGAACCGGAGUCUGCAAGCAGCCUGAGCCAAGCGGCCAAGAGUCCAGCUGUGGGCAUGAACGGGUCAAAACAAGCAGGUCUAACCUCACCUCUCGGAAAUGUACUCAGUAAUAUUGUUAGCACUGCGGUGAACGCGGUCGCCAUGAACAGGGACGAGGGAACGGAUGCACUAUGUGAGGUGUGCUCCAAAACAAAGUUUGCCGAUGGAACAAGCCACCAGUGCGUCACCUGCAAGCGAAGGACGUGCGCUCGCUGUGGGUAUCAAAUGAACAACGGAGUCAAUCAGUUACAGUGGUUGUGUACACCUUGCGCCCAAAUGGCAAACGAAUUCCCACCAGCCCCAAGUAGCCAAAUAUCGUCGAGAAGGUGGUCCAGAGAUGACGUCCUCAGAGAUACGAAGUUGACAAGAGGAAGCGGUUUGCAAGCUUCCUCCUUGAAGCGCGUACCAGAGCCUUCUGUGGGCGAGAAGAAACGUAAACUUCCCGUAAUCGCUGGAGUUGCAAGUGACCGAUAUGUGUUGGAAGGUCAAGCUCGCUUUGAUAACCAUUCGAUGAUUCGCUCUUCCAGUAUGGAUCAGCAGGACUAUGAACAAUUACAACCUCGAGGAAUAACAAGGGGCUCGAUUUACACUCCAAGGCAACCCACAAGCGAUCCGAGACAGCAGCAUCAGUACUGGCAGAAAUUCGAUCCAUCUCCGCAGUCAGUUUACCGCCAAGGUUCCAGUAGGCCACAAAGGUCAGAACACUAUGCGCGAGAAGCAGCGAUGCGUCAGUAUUACUCCGGUGCACAUUUUCCGUACCCAGAACCAUAUGAACAGGAUUUGGGCACCGAAUCAUUGCUAUCGGACUACGCUGACUCCCCUUCGGUCGGGAAUAUGAGACCACGAGAUAACGGCGUUUAUGAAGGUGGAACGUUAAUGUCACAGGAUCGCAGUGACGGGUCGGAAACGGAUCCCUGUGAGGAAGCGUAUGAACGAACGUCAACACAUUUGGUUAACUACACGGCAGAUGUUGGACGCGCACAUUCUGGAGAGUACGACACAGACUUGUACGAAUCGCACGAUGAAGUUGCAUCUCCAGGACAUUCCCCUAACAGCCAACUGUAUGGCAUGGCGCAUGCCGGAUCGGACGUCGAUCAUUCCUACUACGGAUCGCAUGGUUCCCAUACCCAUCGUCCACUUAAUGCUCGGUAUGAGUCGCAUCCGUUGAAAGACGGCUUUUUCAGGCAGCAGUAUCAUGGUUUGGCCGCUGAUCACUUGGCUUCCCACAGACACGGUACGGUUUCUGUAACAUGGUAA